UACACUACCUGUCUGACUGAGACGAGGUUGGGACCUUGUACAGCAGUGGCCGGUUACCGCUCGGUGAAGACCCGUGAUUUAGACAUGGACAAUCCUCAGAGCGCAACCACCAAUGGCGGGCCGGAAGCCAGCAAGGACUUUUACACAUUCAAACUAGAGAAGGAACCCAAAAAACCUGUCUCCAUAAAAACCAUCAUUCUCAUGCAACUCUUUAUUCUAGGUGUGUUUGUCAUCGGUCUCGUAGUCGGUUUAAUUGUUGGAAUUUACGCAUAUAAAGGUCAUAGUGAACAAUGUCGAACACAACCGGAAGCAGGUGAUGUGCAAGCUCAAAACCAAAUUAACUAUCCUUCAACAGACACCACACCAUCACAGUCAUCGCCACCCCACCACCAUCAUCAUCCCUCCGACUUUUUAUCGCAUGCACCAUCAGAUUUCAUCGAUGACGGUAUCAAUGUCAAUAAUUUUGAAGAGAUACCAGAACUUGUCGAUGCGACAACCGUUAAACCUAAGGAAGCAGACAAAGAAUGUAAGAUAUGUAAAAAACGGGAACACGAACCUCCAAAGAGUAACAAAAAACCUGUGUUUGCCCCGCUAACGGAGGCGGAAAUGAACAUAACAAACGAGAUUCUUCAAGAAAAUGACAUUAUCAGUCUAGAUUUGAAUAAGAACAACAGCCUCCGUUCGGAUUUUCUUCAUGCAAUGCAACUGUCUCCUCCCAACAAGAAAAAGGCAUUGGCAUAUUUAGACUCUGACGGCCCUUUCCCUGGUCGGUAUGCCGCCGUGUCGGUCAACAAGGGCGCAGCAGAACCGCCCUACUACAUGGAAUACGCUGUCGGACCACUUGACGGACCACGGGAAAACAUCACCAUCACGCCCUUGCUGGACCAAGAGGAAGUUCCCUACACCAGGCGACCUUAUGAUAUAUUUGAGAUAGAACACAUUAUGAUUUUUAUUUUCCGAGAAAUCGGGAGCAUGAAGAGACUGAUCCAGGAGAGUUUUGAUACCUCGGACGCCAUGGAUGAUCUUAAUGUUAUACCUGUUGGUCCGUUUGAGUCAGACGAAGGUAAAAGAAUCAGCCGUUUCUCUUUGUCAAUGAGGGGGCUCGGCAAUAGAGACAUGGACUUCCUUUCGUCUUUACCAUUGUCUGGUAAAAUAAACCACGAGAGUCUGAACAUUUCGGAUUGGUACAUAUAUGACUACUACUAUAUGAACCAGGGUCCUUUUCCGAAUAGCUCAUUCCUUUACAGUGCCUACCAUUACGACAUGAUAACUAAGAUCAGAUUUCCUCCACAAGCUAAAGAUCGUAUCCAGCAGAUGGCCUUUCCACAACGAGACGAACAUGCUAUCCCAAGGGAAAAUUCCAAUUUCCCUGGGCCAAAAACAUUUGAAUCAGGUGGUCCCCGUUACACAAUUACAGGUCAUGACAUUUCAUGGCUUGGUUGGACUUUCUCGGCUUCUUCCAGUACUCUCAGAGGACCUUCCAUAUUUAAUGUCAAAUUUCAAAAUGAACGUAUUCUUUAUGAGAAUUCUCUGAAUGACAUCGCUCUUGUGUAUUCGGCUGACGACCCAGGAAAGGACAACGUUGUUUAUAAUGAUGCAGAAUACGGAAUAGGCAAUGCGAGACACCCAUUGAUGGGCACGGAUUGUCCGGAACAUGCCACAUUACUCAACGUAUCUACAUGGAAGACUCGAACCGGAAAGGCGUCCUCAGUUCCAGGGAUUUGUGUGUUCGAGAAGGACAAUCAGGAACCGCUGUGGCGACACAAUGGCAUUGGUUUUCAGAUUGGAAUACGAAACAGAUAUCUUGUGGUGAGAUACCCAACCAGAAUAGGCAACUACGAUUAUAUUUUUGAUUUCGAGUUCCAUCUUGACGGACGUAUGAAAACUAAGGCAAUUGCCACUGGGUUCCUGUUCGGUUCCUUUCAUGAUCCCUAUACUCUGAACUUCGGUGGGCCCGAUGGGAGAACACCUUUUGGAUACAAAAUCGGCAGUUUUAUCACUGGACCUUUACAUGACCAUACUUUUGGCUUCAAAGUCGACCUAGACAUUGUGGGAUCUAAAAACAACUUUGAAGUAAUCCAUUGGAAGGCUGGAGACGUUUCAGAGGCAGUUAACUCGUACCGGCAGGUUAACGUAACCCCGCCGUACUUCCAUCUCAAUCAGACCAGAUAUAUCGAGUGGGAGAACCUACAAACGGAAGACAAACUCAAUAUCAAUCUGGUGAAUCAAACGUUUUGGACCGUUGUGAACAACCAGGAAAGGAAUGCGUGGAAUGUUAGUAGGGGCUACAGGAUCAUGACUUUGGCAACAAGUACACAGAACCUUGGUGAUGACUAUCCAAUGAUGGGUAACAUUGCCUUCACCAAACACCAAUGUCAUAUAACGAAAAGGAAAGAGGAAGAACCUUACCUGAAGCCGAUUUACAAGUACACCAACAAUGGAAAUAGCAAGAACGUGAAGCGAUACCUUCAGGAUAUGGUUGAUGGCGAGUCAAUUGACAAUGAAGAUUUAGUCACGUGGUUGUCGAUUGGAUUUUUACACAUACCAACGUCCGAGGAUGUACCUAUUACGUCACGUGUCGAGAGUGGGUUCAUUUUGAAACCCUUCAAUUUUUUUGAAAACACGAUGACAUAUGACGUUCCGCAGUAUACUAAAGUUGCUGACAAGGUUUUCGAUACAGAACCCACAGAAGAGUCGUGUUAAAUAAAAUCCUGAUUGUGUGAUACGU